CCACUGUUGUCCCUGACACUUCCUGUAGUAAUAAAAUACUUAAUGAAAGUGAUCCAUCCACCACUUUGAUUGUUUAUGCUUACUAUGAUCCUGAUGUCAAUUUUACUGACGGAACUGUUUUGAAUUUGCCCGUUGGUGUUUAUUUCCAAAUUUCCGCUAAUAAUUCAUUGUCAAAUGAUACAUUACCAACCUUGCAAUCAUACCCAGUAAUACAGCUUAUGGAUCCAGAUAUAAUUACUAGCGAAAAUAAACACGCAGACACAAAACUUUCCGAACUUUUAUCUGAAGGUACUAAUAUAUAUGUUCUUUCGCCAUACCAGAGGCAAGUUAUAUGGUUAGAUCGAGUUAAAUAUUCAGAUCUUGGAAGUUCUUUAAAGAAAGGUGUUUUAUCAGUUGCAAGAACAUCAUCUGAGCAUGUGUUUAAUUAUUUUGAUCUCACGACAAGAAUCCAAACGCUUAGCCCAUUAAAUCCUCAGGUCAUUAAUCCGUCACAAUUUGCAACUACGCUUGAAGUAUAUAAUCAAUCUUCAACUUUAAUUACUUAUAAGGAAACAGA